AUGAAGGUCACAACUUUUAUCCUCGCUCUCGCUACUGCUGCCGCUGCCACAGCGACUGGCAGGGUCCCCAGCACCGGAACAACUCCUCUGAGAAAAGAGGCCGAGAAGAAGGAUAUACUCAUCGGUUCGGGCGCGAUCAACCCGGCCUAUCUCAACGACACUCGAUUUUCGGCCGUGCUUGCUCGACAGUUCAACAGCCUCUCUCCAGAGAACGAAUUAAAGUGGACAUUUAUCCACCCCACAGCCGACCACUACAACUGGGAGCCAACCGACCGCCUGGUGGACUUUGCCGAGUGCAAUAACAUGGUUGUGAAGGGCCACGGGCUCAUCUCCACCUGCUGCAACCCAGACUACCUCACCAACAUCACCGACCCCAGCGUCUUCCGCGCUGCACUGACUUCCCACUUUGAGGCCAUCAUGCAUCGCUAUACCGGCAAGAUGGACCGGUGGGACGUCGUCACCGAAGCGCUGGCUACGCAAGGCGGCGGCCUCCAGGAAAACGACUUCUUCAAGGUCCUGGGCCCUGGCUACAUUGCAGAUGCCUUCCGCAUCGCGCGGGCAGCAGACGCCAACGCAAAACUCUUUAUUAAUGAAAACAUGGUCGAGUCAAUCCCCAGUAAACGCCAGGAGCUUUACGACCUGGUUGCCGGGCUCGUGGCGGACGGUGUGCCCAUCGACGGAGUCGCGCUGCAGAUGCACAUCACUGAGGUCCCCGUCGUCCCCGGCGUGAUUACGGAAAUGGUCAAUUCCUACCACGCGCUGGGGCUGGAGGUCAGUAUCGCCGAGCUGGACGUCCACACCCUUAACGCCACGCUGCAAACGCAGAUCUACGGGGAUGUCGUCGACGAGGCGUUGCGCGCUGGGAUCACAGACAUUAGCUUCUGGGGGUUCACGGACAAGCACGCAUACACUUGGUUGCCCGGGGCCAAGCCCCUCAUGUUCGAUGAGACCUACCACGCCAAGGGGGCGUUUUACGCGGUCCACGAUGCGCUCAAGGGCUUUGGCAGCGCUCAUUAG